AUUUCGAGUUACCACGUAGCAUCCAUCUUGAGGUUUUAGUUUUUGUGAAAAAAUGCUGUUUAUACAGAUUUCUGACCAUCGUAAGGUCCCGGGAGGUGCGGUACGCCCCUGAGUAAUACGGUACGCUGUGUCGACAAUCGGCUAGGGGGGGACUACUUUCCGUUGAGAAGGUGAGCGUGCGUGUGCGUCUCGCGGUCGAGACCUCGCGAGGAGAAAAUGAAAUCCGAAAUGGUUACUGCCGCGCUAUGACCCUAAAAAGCAAAUGUUUCUUUUUGCCUGUGAGUGAAUAACAAACGACUGAUCGGGUGAAAUGGAGGGCGGCACGUCGAGGAACGAGGCUGCAAUAUCACCAGAGCUGUACUUUUUAAUCGCCAAAUUCUUAGCGGUGGGACCCUGUCGCGAAGCCGCGGAAGUGUUGAAGCGUGAAUUGGAGCGAGCUAAGGUUUUACCGCAAAGGCUAGACUGGGAAGGGCAUGUACAUAAUCAAACCUUCGAGGAAUUGGAAAAGAAGUAUUCUCACAUUGGGUCGAAUCAUUUGUUACAAAUAUGUGCCAGAAUUGGUCCAGUAUUGGAAAAAGAAGUACCACCAUGCAUACCAGGAGCGAUAUCCCUCCUGGGAGCUGGAAGACAAUCUUUGCUACGUACGCAAGAAGAUGUUCAACGUCGAGUGCGUGGUAUUACUUCGUAUUCUGGCAGACUAGGUGGAAAACCAUUUCUGGAUUCACUGUAUAGUUUAUCAGUGCCUAACAUAGUACAUGUAAUUCAGGGACGGGAGAAUUCAGGUCCCCUGACCCGGCGAGAGGCGAUACCUACGAAGUUUUACAAUAAAAUGCAAUUGUACAGACACACUUUAGGCCAUUUGUCUGCAGUAUAUUGUGUUCUUUUCGAUCGCACUGGGAAAUACAUAAUAACCGGUGCAGACGAUUUACUCGUUAAAGUAUGGAGCUCCAUCGACGGUCGUUUGUUAGCUACUUUCCGUGGAGCGUCUGCCGAAAUCAUGGACAUCGCAGUUAAUUUUGAUAAUACUUUACUCGCUGCUGGUAGCUUAGAUAGGAUAUUAAGGGUCUGGUGUUUUCAAACGAUGUCACCCGUUGCAGUUUUAUCUGGACACUCCGGUAUGAUCACUUCUGUGAACUUCUGCCCUAUCUCUUGCAACGGUGUAUAUUACUUGGUUUCUACGAGUACGGAUGGAUCUGUUGCCUUUUGGUCGCACGUGAAGAAACGCAACGAAAGAGCAAUUUUUCAACCAAAACCAAUUCAAUAUCAUGAGAAGAUGCGACCGGGCCAAGCACAGAUGAUCUGUGCUUCGUUCAGCCCUGGGGGCGCGUUUAUGGCAGCAGGCUCUGCAGAUCAUCAUGUUAGAGUGUAUUCGAUGUUGGGAGACGAAGGUCCAUGCAGGGUUUUAGAAGUGGAAGCGCAUUCUGACACGGUGGACAGCAUUCAGUGGGCACACAGCGGUUUGAAGUUCAUUUCCGGUUCGAAGGACGGUACCGCGAACGUUUGGCACUUUGAACAGCAACAGUGGAUGUACACGCGUUUGUUAAUGACCACCAAACUCCCUGGGGAAACGGAAUCGGAGGACGAUUCUAAUAAAAAAGCGAAAGUAACUAUGGUCAGCUGGGAUGUCAGUGACGAAUGGGUCAUCACGGCUGUGAACGAUAGCUCGCUUAAAGUAUGGAACGCGAAGAACGGGGAAUUAGUGAAAAUUUUACGUGGUCAUAAGGAUGAAGUCUUUGUAUUAGAAUCUCAUCCUAUAGACCCUCGCAUCAUACUGAGUGCUGGGCACGACGGGCAGCUAAUGAUCUGGGACGUACUGAACACUGAACCGAUAGCGUGUUUCCAAAAUUUUAUCGAGGGACAGGGUAACGGUGCUGUCUUCGACGCGAAGUGGUCCCCGGACGGGACGAUGUUGGCAGCUACCGAUUCGCACGGGCAUCUUUUAAUAUACGGAUUCGGGUCUGGUGUCGAGAAACUUAAAAUAGUACCUAAAGAAUUAUUUUUCCACACGGAUUAUAGACCUUUAAUACGAGACGCGAAUAAUUAUGUUUUGGACGAGCAGACGCAAACAGCGCCUCACUUAAUGCCUCCACCGUUUCUAGUAGACGUGGAUGGAAACCCUUAUCCACCGGCAUUGCAAAGAUUAGUUCCCGGGAGAGAGAAUUGUAGAGGAGAACAAUUGGUACCAAAUAUUGCAGUAGGCGCCGGAGGAAUGCAAGAAGUUAUAGAAGGUCUUCCGUCUCAAGAGCCGCGGUCCAAUAUCGACCAAUUAAUAGAAGCGCUUGCACAGAGGCAAAAUAUUAAUAUCGACGGCGAGAGUGCAGCCGACGACAGGGAAGAAAACCCGGAACAGCCAGUUCGACAUAUGGCUAGUCCACGAGGGAGCAGGUCCGGCUUGAGGAGAGCCGGAGAUGUCGAAGGUGUGCGACAGAGUAGCGGGAAUUGGCAAAGGGAUAACACUACGCCUUGGAACAAGCCGAUUCUCGCUCGUCCUAUGAAUCCUGCUGUUAGAGCGACGCAGAUCAAAGCUCUACUCGCGACGGCAGAAAUGGAACUUGAAAAUUUGAAACGCGAGAUGCGAAGGAGACCGCAGCCUGUAUCGAAUACUGCCAUUACUGAAGGUAACAUAGGAAGCAGAUUAGCGAAUCGGAAACGUAAUAGAACUACUAGGCACGGAUAUAGAACUAGAGCUACGCGCGGCGAGGAACAGGAAGAUGAGGACUUCGAGAAUCCUGAUAAUGUGGGAACGUCGGCGAGUUCGGCUAGUAGUAAUAGUAACGAUUCCACUGCUCACGAAGAGGAUUUGUGCUCCGACAGUUCCACGUCAGAUUCUAGUACGGAAUAUUCAGACUGGAUUGCCGAUCACGGUUUAAGCUUGGAGCCACCGAAACGAAGUAAACGCAAGCCCGUGAAGAAACGAUCUCUCACACCGCCAAGCGAUGCAGAUAGAAAACGUAAUACGCGGCCUAGGAAAAAGGAUAUGCCACUGCCUACUGGUAUCGACGAUAUUCCUGAAGUUUUUAGACCUUCGGAAUGGCUCACCGAAGUAAUACCAAGAAAAGCUCCUUACUAUCCACAAAUGGGCGACGAAAUAGUGUACUUCCGGCAAGGACACCAAUUUUAUUUAGAUGCCGUUAGGAAUAAAAAAGUAUAUGAAUUGGGUCCACGAUGCGAACCGUGGAGUAAAGUCAAUAUUAGGGCCCAAGAAUUCGUAAAGGUAGUAGGUAUUAAGUAUGAAAUACGUCCUCCACGAUUGUGUUGUUUAAAAUUAGCAUUAAUGGACGAGGACGGGAGAUUGACGGGAGGAAAUUUUACUAUCAAAUAUCACGACAUGGCCGACGUUCUGGAUUUCUUAGUGCUACGUCAAACGUUCGACACGGCACUAGCACGUAGUUGGUCCGAGGGCGAUCGAUUUCGGUGCAUGAUCGACGAUGGCUGGUGGAUAGGUCAAAUACAAUCGAUGGAACCGUUAGACGACGAUUUCCCGGAAUCAUUUUUCAUGUGCUUCCGCGUUAGGUGGGAUAACGGGGAGUACGAAAGAAUGAGUCCUUGGGAUCUCGAACCGAUCGAUGAAAACAGACUCCCCGCAGAAUUAGGUGGCGCAGUUCCUGUACUACCGGAGGAGAUACAGUCCAUAUUGUAUCAGCCCCAUCCGGAGGAGUGGCCGAUGGGUGACAGGGAAGGCACCUGCCGUAGGAUCAUACGCGGACUGGAUCAAGUGAUGAGCCUAGCGAUCGCGGAACCGUUCAUGGCACCUGUUGAUCUCAACGCGUAUCCCACAUAUGCAUUCUUCGUCGAAUACCCGAUCGAUCUGACCACCAUAAAAGCUCGUUUUGAUAAUCAUUUUUAUCGACGAAUAACAUCUGCACAAUUCGAUGUUAGAUACUUAGCGACGAACGCAGAACAAUUCAACGAAUCGCAUAGUCAAAUAGUGAAGCACGCAAGGAUAGUCACCGAUCUAUGCCUGCGUAUUAUAAAAGAGCCUACGGACUUGGACGUGCCGGCUCUCUACCAUCAAUUGGUGGACACGUAUCAUUCCUCCGAGUCAGAGGUCGAGAUGGAAGACGUGAAGGACAAGCCUUCGACUAGUACGCAGAGAGCGACUUCAAGUAGAAAUCUACGCUCGCAAGAAGUACCGACUGACUGGAGAAUAAAUUGUCGUCAAUUACUAGAAACGUUAUGGCAGUGCGAGGAUUCCAUUCCUUUCAGAGAACCAGUUGAUAGACUAGAACACCCGGACUACCAUCAGAUCAUAGACACGCCGAUGGAUUUGCGCACGGUGAAAGAGGAUCUGCUGGGAGGAAACUACGAAACUCCUUUAGAGUUUGCCAAAGAUAUGCGAUUAAUAUUUACUAACAGCCGAAAUUAUAAUACUAAUAAGCGAUCGAGGAUAUACUCGAUGACAAUAAGAUUAUCGGCUAUGUUUGAAGAACAUAUGCGUAAAAUCCUAUCUAAUUGGAAAUCUGCGAGGAAACGGAAUACCAAUGCAAAGAAUACGAAGGGGAAAGCUAGAAGAGGUAAAGUUCGGUUAACAAACGGCACAGGUCCUUCGAAAUCGAAGUCCGCAUGUUCCGACGAUGAUGAACCUAUGAACAGUGAGGACGACGACGCGGAGACGGGUGAACCAGAAAACAAUGAUGUUAACGUGUGUGCACCAGGACCAUCACGGAUGACGAAUGGACACACGAAACGUUCAUUGAACGCGACGCGGCCAACGAUAAAACUGCGGAUCUCUCGAUCGACGGUGUCUAAGAAACCGAGAGAGAGUGAAAGUGACGAGGCCAGUGACUCGGAGGCGUCGUCGGACAGUGAAAGUAGUGGUAGUGUACCGAUGAGGAGAACGCGAGCUAGGAAAACGGUACCUAGUGUUAGUGCUGAGAGUGAUUCCGGGGACGAGUACACGCCCAGCGGGCGCGGGAAACAGACUCGCAAGAACCGUGCGAAAAAUAGUAAAAACAAUAGACAAGUUAAAGCAAAGACGAAGCAGGAUAGUUAUGAAAAUGCAAAGAGUGACGAUUUCGAGGAAGACGAUGCGUCCACUGGGAACGAUCUGUCAGACGACGAGAGCGAAGAGGAAGUUAUUAAUAGGAGUAGAACGAGGUCUCGGAAGUUAGCGUCCCCGUCCGAACACGAGGACAGUUUAAAAAGCACACCGAGAAGUAGGAGAAACAAUAUAGAAAGUCAGAGCGAGGAGGAGGAGGAUGAGGAGGAAGAAGACGAGGAGCAGGAUGAAGACGAGCAGUCGCAGAAUGAAAUGAAUAAUCAUGAUUCGGACAGCGACGACUCUGAGGAAGGAGCAUACGUGUCGUCGAGAUCUCAGAGACGAGUUCGGGCGACGAGGGAGGCGCAGAAUGUAGAAAUUGUACAAAAUUCGCGGAGAACGGGCAAACGACCUCGUUACAAUGAGGAGAGUGACGAGAGCAAUACGGCGCCGGUUCGGAAUCGACGUAAAAUUAAACGACGAUACUACGCGGAGGAGAGCGACGAAAGUCCGGAACCCGAGAACGACAGAGCGGGCAUUAGCAUAAGUAGCAGGGGGCGUGUGCGUAAAAUGACGGAGAAGUUACGAGCUCUUCAGCAGUCUAAGAAUCUGUAGUGUAAAGAUUUUAAACAUUAUUUGAUUACUUUCGAAUGUACGAUUGCAUUCGUAAUUAAUAUAGGACUACGCUGGACGCGUGUAUUGCCCGAGGAGCCUAGGAUAAGAUUAUAUGUAGACUGUAUGUAUAAACACUUGAGAUUGUCAUAGCGAUUCAUGAUAAACGCGAAGUACUUCCAUUAUUAUGAAGCACAUUAAUGAAUUUUAUUUUUUUAUGUUUAAAUGCAUGAUCAGCCGAUGAACAUAGCGAAGAUUUACUAGCAAGCGGAAACAGUGUGAGCAUUCUGUAACACUUAUUUCCUUCGUACACUCUUCCCUUUCGAAUUCCAUAGUAUUCAUGGUUAUUUGCAAUUAAAAUGUCUAUUGUACUCUCGACUUGUAUCGCAGAACUCUGUCAAUGGACUAACAAUGAAAAUGUUACACAAUUAUUUUUACAAUCUUUAACUGUUGUCGAUAUACUUUUAAAACUACAUGUCUCGAUGUCCUCAAUUAUUAUAAGGUAACGUCAAACAAAAGUGAGGUGACGUAACGAUAGUGUUUAUAUUACAUUGUUGAUCAUGUGUUAUUGUACCUGGAGUCUAAAGAAAAAUACCCGUCAUUCUUGUCAGGGAGCACUGAGUUUAAGUUUAAUUUCUCGACGGACAAUUGUUACUUCGGUGUAAAAUCAAGUGUUAAGAGAUAAUCUGUACCAGUGUUCGUUUCGAGAUGGACAAGUAAAAAUAAAAUCUAUCUUUUUAAUACAAUAGUCUACUUAAAGAAUUUAGUAUUUGCAUACUCGUAUAUUCUUCUAUUGAGAUAUUAUGUUUCAUAUGUCUUAAUGAAAAUAAAACUGAGUUCAAAUCUAUUAACAACUAAAUUGCAUGUACACAUGAAACAUUGGAAGUUCUAUUCUUACUUAUUGCAUCUAACUUCUAAGUUUGAUUACUGAAGAUGAAGUACUUAUAUGUAAAUGAGGCAGUGCCUUUGCAAAUAUGAUUUAUUUAGCGAAGCUGAGUAUCAAAAGGCAGCAUUUUUAUUUUGAGAACAGCCGAACCUACGCCUGAUAAUUAAUUUCGUUUAAUGGGCACUGUUUUCGCUUUUUUUACAACUAUACUAGAUCAUUUGUAAAUACGUACGUGCGAUGUGAGGUAAACAGCACUCUCUUAAUAUGUUAAAGGGAACACGUGCUCCGCGCGGUCUGUAGUUUAAAGUAGUGAAUUUUUACAUGUAAUUUGUAUGUCCAUUAGAGAAUUAAGAACCAAUGCUCGUGCGAUUUUAGAAUUUUCAUAUAUAGAAAUAGGCGUUUUUCAAAUUUGUAUAGCAUACAAAUUAAUUAAUUCACUUGCUACACAUACAAUAGGAUGGAAGUUAAUUGAGGACAGUUUUACAGCCGGCAAAACUGAACAAGGAUACGUGCACAAAUAUUGGAAGUGUCGACUGUCUCGAGCCAUUGUGAUAUUAGCUUAAGAACAAUAUUAAAUAUAAAAUGAUAUAUAUAUAUAUAAUAAUAAUAAUAAUUAGGAGUAUAACUGAUAUUUUUUUAAUAACGCCUUACGAAAAAGGGAAUCAUAUCAUACGUGGUCUUACGAAGUUAAAUAUCUGAUCAUGUUAAUUUAAUACCGAUACAAUUAACUUUAAUCAUUUAUUACUAUUAUUAUUAUUAUUAUUAAUUGUUUUACGAUUAACGGUAUUUCGUAUUAUAAUCUAAUCAAGAAUUAAUAUAAUUUCCUGUACAUAAAUCUAUUGUUAAAUUAACAAAACUUAACGGGACACGACGAUAGUUUCGAUUUGUGUAAACUUUACAAACCCUUAGUUGUGGAAUCGAUUUAGCCUAAUGCAUACUUAGUUUAUCAGAACCCACCUUCACCAAUAAAAAAAAUAAAUUGUUUCAUAAAUGUA